CUGCUACUUACCUCUCGUGAGGGAAAGAAAUUCUUUUUCCUAUCAAAUAAUGGACGUGGCAACGGUCUUUUAAAUUAUCGAACAGAAUAAAGGUGAAAGGCAGUAAAAUAACAACUCGAGAUAAAUUUAGCGACAGCAUUUGCAGAGUGAUUCACGAACCCGAGGUCAAUUAGCAUAUAAAAUAAGCGCUUGUAAUCGUCUGUAAUCGCCGACAAAACAAAGGGAAAAUACAAUUUGUAGAAACUGACCUGUCUCAAGUGCUGCCGAAAUUUACACGAGUCAUUGGAUGUCAGUGAUGUCUUCAUACCUAAAAGCAGAUCCCUGGGUUCGAGCUAGGAAGAGAUAGAGAGAGAAGGAAAAUCAUACUCAACUCUGCGGUUUCUACAGGAGCGGGGCACACACGUACAAUUGUACGUGUAUGUACAUAUAGGGUGCCUUACCACGUGUGAAUGCUGUGAUAAAAACGUCGUCUGCUAGCAAGUUAUCAGCCUUAACAAAAUGACCCAUCUCGUGAAAUUCAUGAGCCACUCUUUGGCUUUAGCUCAGAAAGCCUUGCGAGCUCGAAAAGUUAAAAAUUUAACUCACAAAUGUAGCCUACAAAACAUUUCUACAAAUAGUCACCAGAGGCAUCUUUUGGUAACAACUCAUUUUCAUGAAGAUUAUGGACAUUCAAAUGAUCGCAAUCAAUGUAACAUUACAAUAUUACUUGGCACAAGCUUUGCCUUCUUAGGAUUUUUUGAGAAGAAAGAGGAGGAAGAAAAUCCACUUAUCACGACUCUCAAACGUUCGAUAUUAUUGAUACAGAAAGGAGAGUUCAAGAAAGCAGAACAAAUGUUGCAUAUAGCACUGAAACAAGCUCAAGACUUACAGAAUGAAGAUGGCAUAACAUAUGUAUAUGAUGUAAUGGCUAAUUUGGCAUUCGAAGUUGGAGAGUAUGAAAAAGCUGAGAAAUUGUUCAAGGCUGUCAUGCAAAGAGAAUUAGCUAAAGGAACAUCUCAAAAUGAUAUGAAAAUUGUUCACAUGAGCUUAAAGAUGGCAAAAAUACUAGAGCAAAGAAGGCUAUAUGAUAAUGCAGAACUUGGCUACAAAUAUUGCCUAAAAAUUCUACAAGAACAUAUUGAUCAUGAAACGGAAGACCUUGAUAUUAUAGCAUUAUAUGCAAUGAAUGUAGAUUGGUAUGCACACUUUUUGAUGACCAUGUCAAGAUAUACAGAAGCAAUGAGAUUUAUGGAAAAAGCUUAUGACUUAUGUGUCAAACUCAAUGGUGAAAUUCAUGAACAAUCUGUUGUUCUUUUAAAUGAUUUAGGUUCUAUAUGUUUUAUCAAAGGUAACUUGGACGAAGCAAUCAACUUUUUGUCCAAAGCUGCAGAAAUAGGUGCAAAUUUACCAGAUAUGGAAGACUUGUCGUCAAUUCACAUUAAUCUGGGGAACGUUUACAUUAAAAAAGGCUUGUUGGAUGAAGCAAAGAAAUGUUGUACAACAGGUUGGAGAUUAUCAAAAAGUAAAAAGAAUUUGGAAACUUUAGAAGAAGCAAAAACGUGCCUUGAUGAAGUUAAUAAAUUAUUGACAAAGUGAAAAGCGACGAUUAU